CUGCCGCACUCGUUAGCAGAAGAAGCUAGCUAGCUACUGUAAACAAAGCUGAGCCGUCAGUGUGUUAAACUACUGAACAACUGUUCAAUGUGGGCGAAGAUAUGAUCAGAAACUCUUCUUCAUAGCGGCAAAUGUUUCUCCAGACUCCGGGAGCUGCAGUUCGGUUCAGUCCGGCCCCGGAUCUGCCAUGACCCGGCCUGCUGUCUGACGAGAAGAUAAUGGCUGCAGAGCUGUUUCCCACCAAGAAGCUGGUCCCGUCCGCCUCAGCGAGCAGCAGCAGCACGUCCAUCCAGCAGUACCAGCAGCAGAACCUGACCAACAACAACACCAGCACCGCGCAGGGCUGCUGCAACUGGCAGGGCCUGUUCCCGACCAUCCGAGAGAGGAAUUCAGUCAUGUUCAACAAUGAGAUGAUGGCAGAUGUUCACUUCGUGGUCGGGCCGCCUGGCGGGACGCAGCGAGUGCCAGGACACAAGUACGUCCUGGCUGUUGGCAGCUCGGUGUUCCACGCCAUGUUUUAUGGAGAACUAGCUGAGGAUCAGGACGAGAUCAGGAUCCCUGAUGUGGAGCCUCCUUCGUUUCUGGCUAUGUUGAAGUAUAUCUACUGUGAUGAGAUCGACCUGUGUGCCGACACAGUGCUCGCCACGCUCUACGCUGCCAAAAAGUACAUCGUGCCUCACUUGGCCCGGGCCUGCGUCAACUUCCUGGAGACCAGCCUGAGUGCCAAGAACGCCUGCGUGCUGCUGUCUCAGAGCUGCCUGUUCGAGGAGCCCGACCUGACGCAGCGCUGCUGGGAGGUGAUCGAUGCUCAGGCCGAGCUCGCUCUGCGCUCUGAAGGCUUCUGCGACAUCGACACCCAGACGCUGGAGAGCAUCCUGCGGCGGGAGACGCUCAACGCCAAAGAGAUGGUGGUGUUCGAGGCGGCGCUGAACUGGGCUGAGGCUGAGUGUCAACGACAAGACCUGACGCCGACCAUCGAAAACAAGCGUCUGAUGCUGGGAAAGGCCAUCUACCUGAUCCGCAUCCCCACCAUGGCACUAGAGGACUUUGCCAACGGGGCGGCGCAGUCUGGUGUGCUCACACUGAACGAGACUAAUGACAUCUUCCUGUGGUACACCGCCGCCAACAAGCCUGAGCUCUUGUUCUGUACCAAACCUCGUAAAGGCCUGUCGCCGCAGCGCUGCCACCGCUUCCAGUCCUGCGCUUACAGGAGCAACCAGUGGCGGUACCGAGGUCGCUGUGACAGCAUUCAGUUUGCUGUGGACAGACGAGUCUUCAUCGCUGGCUUCGGCCUGUACGGCUCCAGCUGCGGUUCGGCAGAGUACAGCGCCAAGAUCGAGCUGAAGCGCCAGGGUGUGCCAAUGGCUCAGAGGAUCAUCAAGUACUUCUCAGAUGGCUCCAGCAGCACCUUCCCCGUGUGGUUCGACUACCCCGUGCAGAUCGAGCCAGACACCUUCUACACCGCCAGCGUGGUGCUGGAUGGCAACGAGCUCAGCUACUUUGGCCAGGAGGGCAUGACAGAGGUGCAGUGUGGGAAAGUGACCUUCCAGUUCCAGUGCUCCUCGGACAGCACCAACGGCACCGGAGUGCAGGGGGGCCAGAUCCCUGAACUGAUCUUUUACGCCUGAGCCAGACCGGAGGGAGGAUGCCACAGAGAUUCCCGCUUCACUGCCAUGUAGACUUUUACUCUGAAAGUGUGGAGACGAGUUCUCAGGAAGCUGUUUUAGGAGGGAGGGACUCCUGGACGUGCUGUUGAGCCUUUGAGAGACAGAUGAAGUGACAACUGAAGAAGACUGAAUCCUUACAUUCCUUCACACCUCUGUUGUUGUUUGGUUUCACAGCAGCUGUUGUUGAGUUUCAGGUUCUGUGUGUUGAUGGUAGAUCAAGAGUUAAAUUCCUUUCAAAAUAAACCUUUAACAUCUCUGUGGAGACGAGCAUAUUGGAACAUUAGGUGAUACUGUAAUAUAGAAUAGAAGUAUCUGAUAUUAAGUUAUAUGUAUAUCAUCUAUGCAUAUAUUCCAGUUCAGCCACAGUGCAGCCCUGAGCCUUGACUUACAACAUUGUCCAUAAAGUCUUAACGCACCCACAGAUGUUAAAGGGAGUGUUGCCAUGUAACAACAGUGUAGUCAGAUCUCAGACAGUGAACCACACAGAGAGCAGCCAUGACAUGUCUCUGAAUAAUUACAAACACAUUUUUAUAAUCACUUUUAUUCUAAUAUUAAUCUCUUUUAUUGUUUUUUUUUACCAUUAAGAGUUGAGAAGCCAACAGCCAGCAGUCCAAAACCUAAACAUUCAAAUUACUGACUUCAGUGUUUAAUUAACUGAUCAUGUGAGCAACAAAGAUAAAGUGGACGAGGCAGUUUCAGAGCACAUUUUAUUACAACUAAACUCACCAACAGUACCAAAAUACACAGUAGUUAAUUGAUUAAUGGCAUUACUUAAUCAAAUUAAUUAAAUUCAACACACAAUUAACACCUGACUGUUUCCAUGUUCUGCCAUUGACUUCAGGAGACACUCGGAUGUUUCACGCUGCACAAUGUGAUGCUGACUCAGCUGAAUUCGCCACUUUGUCACGUUCACACUUUGGUUUAAUUUCGAAGAUUUUAAAACAUUCCUGCAUUUAGUGAAGGAUUUAAUGAAGCACUACUUUCAUUCUGUAACAUGUGCAGGUGUUUUAUAUUUGUAACUUGACAAAUCACACUCCUGUCUCUUAUCGCAUUUUUUAUACACUAUUUCAGACAUACUGUAACCUUCCGAAGGUGCUAUGUGCUGUUUCUGCCUCCUGGAGUUCUCUGUUGAAAUGUGGCAAUUUAAAGCAGCUUUUUGACCAGAAACCACCUGAAGUUCUACCUGUCCAAUCUGCAGUGUAACAGAUUAGCUGAAAGAGUUGUAACUGCAGAUGUAGACCUGUGUGUGUUGUAUUUACAGGACAGUGUUCCUCCAACAUCACUCUAACAGAUAAAAGUCUCGACAUCAUGUUUGUACCAAAUCCUGAUUUAUUGUUCCGUUGAUGUUGCAGUGGGUAAAUAUAUCAGUAAUUGUGUCCUGACGCACUUAUUCAUCUACUCUUUGUAAAUGGAGGUAAAAUGGUUUUAUAUGAAUCCCUAUUGAAGAAACAUAUUUUUGGAUGUCUUUGUUUCCAGUUAUGUGAUUCCAACCACAGUGAGUUGGUGGCCUUAUGAAUGUGUUGCUGUGACUAAUUUGGAAAUUAAAGGUUUGGUCAGUUUG